AUGUCAGAAUCUUUCGCCAACAGUAAUACUCGUGGACGGAAAGCACCUAAAGCACCUGAGCUAGGCGUAGGCGAUGAAAUUGGAGCAGGAGACUCUCAUCUUGUGGCGGACAUACUACCCACUGACCUCGCCGACGUCGCCUUCGAUAGGAUGAAGGAAGAGGUGGGGUGGAAAACCAUGUACCACCGAGCAGGCGGAGAGGUACCGAGACUUGUAGCUGUCGAGGGGGAUAUCGCUGAAGAUGGCAGUUUCCCCAUCUACCGACACCCAGCAGACGAAUCACCUCCGCUCUCUCAGUUUUCACCUACCGUCGCGCGUAUUCGCGAUCACGUACAGAAGGUUCUCAAACAUCCUGUGAACCAUGUCUUGAUUCAACACUACCGCUCUGGGGCAGAUUACAUCUCCGAGCACUCCGACAAGACCAUCGACGUUGUACGCGGAUCCAACAUCGUCAAUGUGUCUCUUGGUGCUCAGCGCGUCAUGACAUUGCGUCUCAAGAAGGACCAUAAACUAAAACACUCCGCAGAGGGUCCAACCUCCCCCCCAAAUUCAAGUCCAUCUCCUCAGGAACAUACCCCACGUACUGCCCAGAAAAUCCCCUUGCCACGCAAUUCUAUGUUCGUAAUGGGCCCAGAAACCAAUAAACAGUGGCUCCAUGGUAUCAACCAUGAUAAUCGACCGCUAAGCCUUAAGUCUGCGGGGGAAACGUACGAGGGCGGUAAUAGGAUCAGCUUGACAUUUCGCCAUAUCGGCACCUUCUUGGUCCCCGACGCGAAUGAUCCUACGCAGAUGAGGAUUUAUGGCCAAGGCGCGAAGGGAAAAACGAGGGCUGAGGCUGGGUUAGUUCUGGGCUCGGAAGAUGAGAAACACGAAGAGGAAGUAAAGGGAAUGCUGUCGGCAUUUGGAGAGGAGAAUCAGAGGAGCGAUUUCGAUUGGGACGCCACUUAUGGGGAAGGAUUUGAUGUGUUGCAUUUCAGUCCGAAGAAAGAGAGCAAUUCAUGA